CACAUGCUUGCCUUGGAUGUAUGUCUGCUUUCACCAAAUAAAAGGAGCUGUAAGGGAAGUCAGGUUCGGAGUCGGCUGAGUUCGGGUGAAGGGCUUACAACUCUAAGACCCUGACCGGGCUUCCCUUGCCAGCAAGUAAAAGACACAAGCACUGUGGUCUUGCUUUGGUCACAAGGAUCGGUCUCUGAGACAGUGAGGUCUGUGAGUUUAGAUCUAACACAAAUCAUAUUCUGGAGCUUUAUAACUAAGGGUCAGUUCAGCAGAGGACUAACACACUCUUCACUCAGCCUGAUGGAUGUGCUUUGGAUGAUUGUCCUCACUGUUGGUCUGCUUGGCUCACAUUGUGAGGGCGCUAUAUCCUGUAAAAAUGAAAAUGGUUUUGAUGUAGACUGGUUUAUUUUGUACAAGAACAAGUCUGGGUUUGAUUAUGUUUACAUUGAUUCAACCAACCAGAACCUUAAAAAGAAUAACAAGCUCGUCAACAACCAAGCUGGUGUCCUGGCAAAUACCCUGAAUCCCUACUUUGAAAAAAAUAAGCAGUCACCACAUUUUGGAUUCAUUGCAUACAAUGAUCAAACACCAAGUUGUAAUGCACUAAAAGAAUAUGGCCACAGCAAAGGAGUUGUGAUGAUGGAUGAGGAUAAUGUAGUCUGGCUUUUACACAGCACACCAAAAUUCCCCGCAGGAGAUGAAAGCAAUAAUUUCUAUCCUGACACUGGGGAAAAGUACGCACAGAUAUUUAUGUGUGUAACACUGAAAUCUGCACAGUCUGCACAAAUAGCUCAGCAUCUUAAAGAUAUCAAUGCUUAUAUAUUUAAAGAGCACAAUCGGGGAAAACUCAAAGAUUCUUCCACCGCACCACAACCGCUUCCCUACCAUGAAAACUUGAAGUCAGCCGGUGGUUCGCAGUUUAAACGCUUUGUUAAACAAGUCUCAAAGGAAAGGGAUCCUAAAGAAGGAGAUCUUUAUGUCACCAUUGCUAACACACUACAGAGCAAUUUGUACAUCCAGACCUGGCGCAGCGAACCCAAAGAUCCUAAAAAACGUCCGCUUUCUGAAACUGAAAAAAAAAAACUAGUCACCAUCACGUCAGUAAAAACUGCUGCAGGUGAAUGGAAACAUGGAUGUGAUCAUUCCAAAUGGUGUGUUUCUGACAGUGAAAAUUGGAUGUGUGUUGGUGACUCAAACAGAGAACCAUCCCAGUUCGAAAGGCCUGGUGGUGCACUGUGCAUUAAUAACCCAUCUGUGGCAGAAGCAUUUAGGCAAAUUAUAAACAGUUCUGUCCCUGACGCUGAUAGUGUCAGUGCCACUGAGUGUGACCCUGGUCCCCCUAAAAGACCAAGAGUAGAUAGUACAGGUUAACUGCAGCAGACAACCGUCUCCGUCUUGUUUUCUAUCUACGUUCACCAGUUUCAUAUUUAUUGUAAAUUCAUUUCAGAUUUUAUCAAAGUGAAGCUGACUUGAAUCUGGUGCUGACAUCGUCACUCUUGUCACUGUUAUCUAAUGUUUCUGUGAACGAUAUGAAAUUAAAAACAUUUGAUGGAUA